AACGGCGCUAGUGUCUGUCAAGUGUCACAGCCGUUCUCGUCGGCCGACAGUGUUGCGAGACUCGAAUCGGUGAUUUAAUUAGGAAUAACGUACUUCUUUUUUUUAGUAAAAUUGUGAAACUUUAAGCAAUAAUGACCGACAAAAAAGCGUAUCCGGUGGCGCCGCAUCCACCGACUGGCUUUGUCCCCGCGCCGACGCAACCCCCAACCUACGGUGUUGCAGGCGCUGCCCCUUAUGGAGUAUUUCCCAAUCAACCUCAAUUGUACACGCAAGGCCCACCGCCGCCGACGUACGAUCAGACUCUUACGCAUCCCAUGAUGUAUCAACCAAUGUACGCUGGGCAAUACCCUUUGCAAUAUUACCCACCGGGAUAUCCCUUGCAAUAUUAUCCGCCAUUAGCUGCGACAACGGCGUAUUAUCCCGCCGCUAUGCAACCCGCCCCUGUAAGACCUACCAUUAUGGUACCUAACGGUUUCGACGGUGCUCGGUUUGACGGCAUCCCGCAGUCGGUGUUGCCACCGCCGCCGCCCGGAGUGGCCGCGAACGCUGCGCAACUGGCCGCGAUGGCCGGCCACAGUGUAGCCCUCUCGCAAAAGAAGGGCUCGUUCCUGGGAGGAGGAACGGAGGGCGGUUAUACCUUUUGGUAAACCACCUAAACCACCUUUCGUAACAUACAUACACGCAGAAAACAUAUACAUUCACGUACACGCCACAUUAACUGUCGGAAGCGCCGUAUUGUUGAGAUGACGAGAUUAUGUAGGUAAAUUUCCGUUAGAGCUCUGCUUUCUUCACCUCUGCCGGUGGCAGCUUCAUCGAUACCUAUUAGUAUAUCGUGCGCGGACUGAUCACACACACACACACACACACACACACGCACACACACACACACACGCACACACACACACACACACACACACAUCCCAACAUUUUAACAUGAGGCAGCAAUCGUGAGAAUUCCCACGCGAUUCACAUACGGCGAUAUUUGCGAUCGAUAGAAGCGAUCCAAUGAUCUCAAGGACACCGCCGCAGUCUUGGUGAUCGAUCUGCGCAUCUCAUGUACUGUUGAACUGCAGAAAAUCGUCCCGGCCGAGGAAGACUCUGACAUAACAAUGCUUGUCGAAUAUCCUCGAAAGCUAAUUCCUUGUUCUUCGAAAGUUCAUCGUUCUGUGGAGAAGUCGGGAAGCAGUGAGAGAGCGCUACGCGAGUUUUGAAAGAUCCACAAAGAUCCGAAAGCUCCGUGAAAGCCUGAGAUCCGAGGUACCGAGAAUCCAUGAUGAUUAUAGGACUUGAGGAAACGCCCGUUAUUUUGUAUCGUGGAUCCAGAAAUUCUAAAUUUUUGCAAUCAAAUUUUUUCAAAAUUCAAAAAAUCGCAGAAUUAUCGGACCGAAGAAAAUGUACAUCCCGAGUUACAUAAAUUUGAAAUUCGAAAAAUCGAAGGACUCGAGGUUUCAAAUUGAGAAUCUCAAAAUUAAUGCUUUGCAAUAUUCAUGAAACUCUGGCGUUUCCAAAAAUCCAUAGAUCUGCGAACUCAGAGACUCAAAUUGCCAUGAUAUAAGGCUUUAGAUUUAAUACUAAAGAUACAAGCUCUAGUUGAAGGAAAUGAUGUAGUGACUUAUCUAUGAUCUCGACUUUACCAGGAUUCAAGGUAUCCAGGAUCUAGCUUUAGUGGCUUCUAUUAGUUAAGAUUACAGAGAUUCGAAAAUUUUAGUUAAAUUUUCUUAAAUUUAAUCACCGCAUCAAGCAUUUUCGAUGAGGUAAAAUAUUAAGGAUCAUACAUAUGUAAGUUUCCGAGGAUCUGUCUUCGGCAAACCGCGAAUUUGGGAAAAGAGGGGAGGGGUCCACGGUGUCGAAAGACCCGAAGGCUCGAAGACAGUCAAUGUGCGUUUCUCACGAAGAAUAGUUACUGCGAGAAUGUUAUUUUAAGACGGACAAACUUUAGUUAGAUCAACGAAAGGCGGACUGACAAGAAACGACACUGUCGUUGCGCUCAUUGAAGCAGAAAGAAGAAAAGGAUCACAUGGAUAGAAAGAGAAAGAGAGAGAGAGAGAGAGAGAGUGGAAGCCUUAUGUCGACGAUUAUAGAAAUUCACGAGACAUAUUGCGUUGAUAUUUAUAUUUAAAUUAUUGUUAUUUAAACAAUUUAUUUGCAGAUCCUCCUUAGAGACAGAAUCAUCGGUGCGACGUGUUUCAACGAUUUAUUUUAUAUCUCGAAAGAGUGCGAACAAGAAAAGGGAGUGAAAGAGAGAGAGAAAGUGGAAUGAGUUUUAUAUCACGGAAAAGCGUGCAAUAAGCGUAUAAAUCUAUUAUAACAAUAAAAAAAAAAAACAAUAUUAAUUGAAACUGUGAACUUGUUAUCACGUUGAAUGAGUGAGAAAAUAAGAAUGCGAGAGAAUAUAUGUGCGCGUGUGUGAGAAUGAAUGUCAAAAAAAAAGAAUGAAUAAGUGAAAGAAAAAGUGAACGAGGGUAAACAAUGAGUUGAGACAAAAAUGUACCACUACGCGAUGAUCAAUUGUACCAGUUAAUAAAUACUAUGAUCAUGCAA